AUGAGCACCAGCGGCAGCGGCAGCGGCGCGCGCUCGUUACAAGGAAGCGGGGGCAGCUGGCAGGCGAUCCAAUUCGCGGCUGGCACGGGGUCGGGGCUGGGCGGCGCCGCGUGGUGGCGAGAGCUGCACGAAGCAGCCACCGCCGCCACCAGCAGCUGCGAAAACAGCCCGCGCGGGCAGAUGCACAAAGGGGUCAGCCCCCGAGGGGAGCAGCUGAAGGCAUUUAGCCCUAGAGGCCAGCAGCGCAGGGGAGAAUUCUCUGUGCCUAGCAAUAUCAGUGGCGUGAGCGUGACCCAUGACCACAGCACCAGAACCAAUGGCAUGGGUGACAGCAGUGCCAUUGAUGGCAUCAGCGCCACCAGCGACACCCGUGGCAGCGGCAAUGGCAAGGGUGAGAGUGAGAGCAGAGUUCCAGAGCCGGUGCGGUCUGACCCGCUGCAGUGGCUACCGCGGUAUGUGAAGGUGGUGGAGGUGGGGCCGCGGGACGGGCUGCAGAACGAGAAGCAGCAGGUGGCGGUGGGCGUGAAGGUGGAGCUCAUUCAUCGCCUCAUGGCCGCUGGGCUGCCUGUUGUCGAAGCCACCAGCUUCGUCUCCCCCAAGUGGAUCCCUCAGCUCUCAGACGCACCGGAGGUGAUGCAGCGAGUGCAGAGCAACGGCCGCACCAAGCUGCCCGUUCUAACGCCCAAUUUAAGAGGCCUUGAGAAUGCCGUGGCAGCCGGGGCCAAGGAGGUGGCCGUGUUUGCUGCUGCUUCUGAGGCGUUUUCCAAGAAGAAUAUCAACUGCUCAGUGGAGGAGAGUCUGGAGCGGUACAGAGCGGUUUGUGAUGCUGCAAGGGACAGAGGCAUUCCUGUGCGAGGGUACGUGUCCUGUGCGGUGGGCUGCCCCUACGAAGGACACAUAGAGCCAGCAGCAGUGGCGAGGGUGGCCAAGGCUCUCCACGACAUGGGAUGCUAUGAGGUGUCUCUGGGGGACACCAUCGGCGUCGGCACUCCCGGCUCAGUGGCGCCCAUGCUGGACGCCGUAUGUGCAUGCGUGCCGCCCGCCUCCCUCGCUGUUCAUUUCCACGACACUUAUGGUCAAGCCCUCGCCAACAUCCUCGUGGCGCUGCAGGUGAUAUGGCUGCCAUGCUUGUGCUCGCAUUCCCGUAUCGUGCCUCACUCCCCUCACCUCCCUCUCCUCCCUCAACCCCACUUCCACGACACCUACGGCCAGGCCGCCAACAUUCUCGUGGCCCUGCAGGCGCUUGCCAACAUUCUUGUGGCCCUGCAGGUGAGAUGGCUAACGCCUGUGAAUGCUCGUGCUGGUGCCCUCAUUGGUGUAUUCCUCAAUAGCUGCUCCGGUAGUAUCCCCUCCUACGCCAAGGGGGCAUCAGGCAAAAGAGGAUGUGGUGUUACUGCUGCAUGGGCUGGGGGUGAUGCACAUGUGUUUGUGUUCUGGAUGGCCCACCAAAUCAUAAGCCUGCAUUCUUUACGUGCUCACCAGCACUGCGCUUCCCUGCUCUCGCCCUCCACCACCCUUACUCCCCACCACACGCAGAUGGGAGUAUCGGUGGUUGAUUCUUCAAUAGCCGGCCUAGGGGGCUGUCCCUACGCCAAGGGGGCGUCAGGCAACGUGGCAACAGAGGACGUGGUGUAUCUGCUGCAUGGGCUGGGCAUUCACACAGGCAUAGACUUUGACAAGCUGCUCGACGCAUCGGCGUUCAUCAGCCAGGCGUUGGGGCGAGAGCCCUGCUCUCGCACUGCUGUGGCCCUCGCCCGCACCAGGCAAACUAUGGCAGAGACACCUAAACUGUGA